CAUUUCAUUUCCCAAUUCCCCCAUCAGAUCAAUCAACUGACCAAACUCCUCUCUCUCUCUCUCUCUCUCUGUUAAACUCUCGUCCUCGAUCUGAUCACCGAUCUCAUCGUACGGCAUCGUACUGACAGAAACUUACCGUAACCUAACGUAGCUGAACUCCGAUCCGCCAUGGCUCCGCCGGCUCAGUCCAACCGAUCUCCGUCGCCGUCUCAACCUUCCGGAAAAAGCGAAGUGUCGGAUCUCAAAUUGCAGCUUCGGCAGCUUGCCGGAAGCCGAGCUCCGGGAGUGGACGAUUCGAAGCGAGAGCUUUUCAAGAAGGUCAUAUCGUACAUGACAAUUGGCAUUGAUGUCUCGUCGCUUUUUGGAGAGAUGGUGAUGUGCUCGGUAACGCCGGACAUUGUUCUGAAGAAAAUGUGCUAUCUUUAUGUUGGCAACUACGCGAAGGUCAACCCCGAUCUCGCACUUUUGACGAUCAAUUUCCUUCAACGAGAUUGCAAGGACGAGGAUCCGAUGAUCCGCGGGCUCGCCUUGAGGAGUCUGUGCUCGCUGCGAGUGGCAAAUCUGGUGGAGUAUUUGGUGGGGCAAUUGGGAUCGGGAUUAAAGGACAGCAAUAGUUAUGUAAGGACGGUUGCGGUUAUGGGGGUUUUGAAAUUGUAUCAUAUCUCGGCUUUGACUUGUGUCGAUGCAGAUUUUCCGGCUGUUCUUAAGCAUUUGCUGCUUAAUGAUCCAGAUACACAGGUUGUUGCAAAUUGUCUGUCUGCCCUACAAGAAAUUUGGAGCUCAGAAGCAACCACUUCUGAGGAAGCAUUGAGGGAUAGGGAGACUCUACUUAGCAAGCCAGUUGUUUACUAUCUUUUAAAUCGAAUCAAGGAAUUUAGUGAAUGGGCACAGUGUCUUGUACUAGAGCUGGUGGCUAAGUACGUUCCUUCUGAUAGCAAUGAGAUAUUUGACAUAAUGAAUCUUCUUGAAGAUAGACUUCACCAUGCAAAUGGUGCUGUUGUUUUGGCAACUACCAAACUGUUUCUACAUUUGACUUUGUCCAUGACUGAUGUUCAUCAACAGGUAUAUGAACGAAUUAAAGCCCCUCUCCUAACUCUAGUGAGUUCAGGAAGUCCAGAGCAAUCUUAUGCAGUUUUAAGCCACCUGCAUCUCUUGGUGAUGCGUGCACCAUAUAUAUUUGCCUCAGACUACAAACACUUCUAUUGCCAGUACAAUGAGCCUUCAUAUGUCAAAAAGUUGAAGCUUGAAAUGUUGACUGCAGUAGCGAAUGAGAGUAACACUUACGAAAUUGUGACGGAAUUAUGCGAAUACGCUGCAAAUGUUGACAUUCCCAUUGCAAGAGAGUCAAUUCGUGCUGUUGGGAAAAUAGCACUGGAGCAGUAUGAUGUGAAUGCAAUUGUUGAUCGGCUUCUUCAGUUUCUAGAGAUGGAAAAGGACUAUGUGACUUCUGAAGCUCUGGUCCUUGUAAAAGAUCUGCUAAGGAAAUAUCCACAAUGGAGUCAUGAUUGCAUCGCAGUUGUUGGCAAUAUCAGCAGCAAAAAUAUUCAAGAACCUAAGGCCAAGGCAGCUCUUAUAUGGAUGUUGGGGGAAUAUUCUCAGGACAUGCAGGACGCACCUUAUAUCUUAGAGAGUUUAAUUGAAAAUUGGGAUGAUGAGCAUUCUGCUGAGGUUCGCUUACAUCUUCUAACAGCAGUAAUGAAGUGCUUUUUCAAAAGGCCACCCGAGACGCAAAAAACCUUGGGAGCUGCAUUGGCUGCUGGGGUUGCUGAUUUUCACCAGGAUGUUCAUGACCGAGCCUUAUUCUACUACAGGCUUUUGCAGUAUAACGUAACAGUAGCAGAACGUGUGGUGAACCCCCCGAAGCAAGCUGUUUCUGUCUUUGCUGAUACUCAGAGCAGUGAAGUCAAAGAUCGCAUUUUUGACGAAUUUAACACUUUAUCUGUUGUAUACCAGAAACCAUCUUAUAUGUUCACUGACAAGGAACACCGUGGUCCAUUUGAGUUUUCAGACGAGCUUGGAAACUUAUCUAUUGGGACAGAAUCUACAGAUACUGGUGUUCCGGGUCAUAGAGUUGAGGCAAAUGACAAGGACCUGCUUCUAAGUACCUCAGAGGAGGAGGAAACUAGAGUUCCUAGUAACAAUGGUGCAUACAAUGCUCCUUCAUAUGAUAGUUCAUUAGUGUCCAUCGUUGCUUCGCAACCACAGUCAGACUUGUUAAGUACAAAUACCGUGGUGCCAUCGAGUGCUUCACAAUCAAGCUUCGCAAUUGAUAAUCUACUUGGUCUAGGUGUAUCAGUAACACCCGCACUUGCACCAGCACCUUCACCACCUCCUUUGAAUCUCAACCCGAAAGCUGCUCUAGAUCCAAGCACAUUUCAGCAGAAGUGGCGCCAACUGCCCAUAUCUUUAUCACAGGAAUAUUCUAUGAGCCCUUCAGGAGUCGGAGCACUGACGACACCUCAGGCACUACUUCUACACAUGCAAAGUCAUUCCGUUCACUGCAUUGCAUCCGGUGGCCAAUCCCCAAACUUCAAGUUCUUCUUCUUUGCACAAAAAGCUGAAGAACCAUCUAUCUUUCUUGUGGAGUGUGUAAUCAGCACAGCAAAUUCCAAAGCUCAAAUAAAGAUUAAAGCCGACGAUCAAAGUGUAUCACAGGAAUUUUCAUCCUUGUUCCAAUCUGCUCUGUCCAAAUUUGGCUUGCCUUGAGAACAUCCAAAAUGAUCUCCUUCAGGCUCAGAGGAAAGUAUCUUCAGUUGAGUGUUCUUCGAUGAAUUCACUCUCUACGGCAGAUGUGGAAAACAAAAAUGAGCAAGAGACGUAAUUGUAGAAACUUUUUUUUUUUUUUUGGAUAGCUG